GCGGUGGGAGCCGCUUCCGAGCUGAGCCUCGCCUGGCGUCCCCCGGCCGGCCCACUUCACGCGGUUGUUGUAGUAGGGGAAACAGGAGGUGGGAGUGUUAAAUAGGUUCGUUAUCUAGACUAGAACAGAGGUCUCCAACCUUGGCAGCUUUAAGACUUGUGGACUUCAACUCCCAGAAUUCCUCAGCCAGCUUUGCAUGGAUAUGGCUAUUUUAUCAGAAUCAAACCUUAACUUGGUUGGACUGAUUCCAAAGACAUCAUGCCAAUGAACCACAUAGCCCUCAGUUUCACAAAUAAAGCAAUACUGGCUCCCAUGGUACGGGUUGGGACACUGCCGAUGAGACUGCUGGCUUUGGAUUAUGGUGCUGACAUUGUGUAUUGUGAGGAGCUGAUUGACAUAAAGAUGCUUCAGUGCAAAAGAGUUGUAAAUGAUAUUCUUGGAACUGUGGACUUUGUUGCCCCCAAUGAAAGAGUGGUGUUCAGGACUUGUGCAAGAGAAAAAAACCACGUUGUUUUUCAAAUGGGCACGGCUGAUGCUGAGAGAGCCUUGGCGGUAGCCAAACUUGUAGAGGAUGACAUCGCUGGCAUCGAUGUCAACAUGGGAUGCCCCAAAGAAUAUUCCACAAAGGGUGGAAUGGGAGCAGCGCUCUUGUCUGAUCCGGACAGAAUAGAAUCCAUUUUGACUACACUUGUCAAGGGUGUGUCUAAGCCGGUAACUUGCAAAAUCCGAAUUUUGUCAUCGGAAGAAGAAACUGUAAGAUUAGUGAAGAGGAUAGAGCAGGCAGGAGUUGCUGCUAUUGCUGUUCAUGGAAGGAAGAAAGAGGAGAGGCCUCAGCAUCCUGUCCAUUGCGAUGUGAUCAAAGCCAUCUCUGAGGUAGUUUCCAUCCCAGUAAUAGCCAAUGGAGGAUCCUACGAUUUCAUCAAAGAAUAUUCUGACCUCCGGAUCUUCCAGGAAGCAACUUCAGCAUCUUCUGUAAUGGUCGCCCGGGCUGCCAUGUGGAACCCCUCCAUCUUCAGGAAGGAAGGCUCUUUGCCUCUGAAGGACGUCAUGCAGGAAUACAUCAAAUACGCAGUGAGAUAUGAUAAUCACUACACCAAUACAAAAUAUUGCUUGUGCCAGAUGUUAAGGGAGCAAUUAGAAAACGCACAAGGAAAGAAGCUGCACGCCGCACAAUCCUUGCAGGAAAUCUGUGAGGUUUUUGGGAUGAGUAGUUUCUUCCAAGAAGCAUCCGAUUUACUGGAGAAGAAAAAAGUUUCACUACAAGUCAAGAGCCCAAAUAAUGAUGACCACUCUGAAGAUCCAGAUGUCAUUAAAAUGGCAGUUAAGUUUGAUAAACGAGAGUAUCCCCCACAAAUUACACCCAAAAUGCACCUUCUGGAAUGGUGCAGGAGAGAGAAGCUGGUUCAACCUGCUUAUGAAACAAUCGAAAGGCCGCGGGAUAGACUGUUCUGUUCUGUGGUGACAAUCGGUGGGCAAAAGUACAGCUCAACUUUAUGGGAAAAAUCCAAGAAGCUCGCCGAACAGGCGGCAGCUAUUGCCUGUUUAAGAACGCUGGGCCUUCCUGAAGGCAAGCGGGACGAAAGCGCCAAUCAGCCCUCGCUCAACAAACGCAAGAGGCGAGAUCAGCAACUUUCAAACUGUGAGGAGCACAGAGACUGUUUUGUGCUAGACGCUGUUUGCAAGAAACCUCAUCUUCUUCCCAAAGAAUCUCUUUGCAACAGCUCCUAACACCGUCCUACGCUCCGCUCCGCUCGCUGGGGUUUUACAGCUAUGCAGCUUCCCUCAUCACCACCCACAUUCUCUGUCCUAUAUUUUGCCUUGGAGGCAAUCAGGUGGAACAGGUAAAUUUGAAUUUUGAUUGGUAUUUCCUUGGUGUUAGGCAUGGAAUUCUUUAUCUCUUUUUUAUUUUUCAACUUUUUAAUUGGGACCGUUAAGGCCCUGGGGCACGUUUAUCUCCAUGUCAAAUACUUUUAUGCCAGGGGUCCCCAUUUCUGGUGUGUGUGUGUGUGUGUGUGUGUGAGAGAGAGAGAGAGAGACAGAGCAGGCAUUCCUAAAAUUCUUUAUUUCAGUUGCGUGCAUUUUCGCCCAGUGGUUAAAUCCUGCAAGAUAUCCACUUUCUUCACUCAAGCAUUUAGUGUUCUUUAGCCAAAAUCUCACGACAUACAUGAUGUUUCAAGAUCUUUUAAAAUUUAAUUGUGGUAGCUUACAUACACUGCAGGACUGGGGAAGGUACCCCUCAUGGACCUACCAAUGCCACGCUGCUGACUUUGUCUAAGGCAGGGGUGUGCAAUCUUGGCAACUUUAAGACUGGCUGGGCAAUAAUUCUGGGAGUUGACAAGCGAGACGAAAGGUGGAAGCGUAAAAUUCUGAACCGUUCUGACUGGAACUUUUCUCAGAAUUUAAUACUUUGUUUGCAGCUGAUUUUUUUCCCAGGGGAAGAAAUGGGAGAUACUAGCAAACAAAAUGUACAGCAGGUUUAAUGUCAAUUCCCCUCUUGCUAAUUUUUUUUUUUACAAUAUAUAUAUAUAUAUUUUGGUCUCCAAAGUUAAAAUACAAAAACCGAGGGGCAAAAAAGAAAAGCAACAUCUACAAACAGAGCAAGGAAGUAAUAAUAAUAAAAAUGUAUGUACAAAAAAAUAACCAAUGACAAUUCUGUCGUGAACGUGAAACCUAAAUGUGUCCAUGUUGAGAAAUAUAUCUAAAAUUAGCAUAAAAUGCUAAUUUUAUCUAAGGAGAGCGGGUGACCAGACUGGAUUUAGAAACCUUGUGCCAUUCAUUUUGUCCUUAACGCUUGGUCGAGAAUCCCGAUUUUAAAUAAUACGGACGUGUGAUACUUGGAAUCCGCAUUGUAAACACGGCUCCUUUUAUGGUCUAUAAGUCACAAUAAAAAGGCAUUUCCCAUCCUAA